AUGGCUCCACAUCAAACUAUUCCUGACAUUGAGGGCGCCAGUGAUGGCAACAGAUACAGCAAUGGUCACCACCAUACGAAUGGCUCGAGCAAGACCGAGUCUAUUGCAGAUGCUGUGACCAACGGAGCUGAUGCAUCGACCGCCUAUGUCCAGGAUCCGGUGGCCGUUGUCAGCAUGGCAUGCCGCCUUCCGGAUGAAUGCAGCAACCUGCGGCAGUUCUGGAACUUCUUGUCCGAGGGCAAGAUUGCCGUGAACACACCGCCGGGUACCCGGUUCGAUAUCAACACACACUACGAUGGGUCGCUAAAACCGCAAACGAUGGCCUCGCCAGGGGGUAUGUUCCUCCAGAACGUCGAUCCGCGAGACAUCGAUGCGCAAUUCUUCAAGCUUUCCGGCAUUGAGGCAACGUCUAUGGAUCCGCAGCAGCGGCAGUUGCUAGAAGUUGUUUACGAAGGGCUCGAAAAUGCUGGUGUCACUCUGGAGCAGAUGUCAGGCGCGCCAGUGGGCUGCUUCGUGAGCUCUUUCGCAAGUGACUAUGGCGACAUGCAGGCCAGAGAUCCAGAAAAUCGUGCAUCGGCUACUGCAGUCGGUGUUGGUCGAGCGAUGUUGAGCAACCGAAUCUCUCAUUUCCUAAACACAAAAGGCCCCUCAAUGACAAUCGAUACCGCGUGCUCUGGUGCACUCAUCGGUUUGGAUCUCGCUAUGCGAUACCUCCAGACGCGAGAGGUAACCUCCGCCAUCGUGGCCGGUGCAAAUUUGUACUGUAGCCCGGAGCACGUUAUGGAUCAUUACAUGGGCGCCAAUGGUGCUGCGUCUCUCUCGGGCAAGUGUCACACCUUCGACUCCAAGGCCGACGGCUACAUCAAAGCAGAAGCCGUUAGCAUGGUAUAUCUCAAGCGUCUUGAAGAUGCCAUCAGGGACAAGGACCCAAUUCGAGCCAUCAUCCGAGGCACGGCCACAAACAGCGAUGGCUGGACCGCUGGUAUUGCAUCUCCAAAUCAUGAAGCGCAGUCUGCUGCUAUUCGGCAAGCGUACAAGAACGCAGGUAUUAGAGACUUGAACGUGACCAGUUAUGUGGAGUUCCACGGCACAGGCACUCGAGUUGGCGAUUCGCUCGAGGCCACCGGUGUUGCCAAUGUCUUCGCGCCGUCACGUGACCCUGCCAAGCCACUUCGGAUUGGCUCGGUGAAGAGUAAUAUCGGCCACUCUGAGCCUGCAGCUGGCUUGUCGGGCCUACUGAAGACCGUACUCAGCCUAGAAAAGGGUGUCAUUCCAGGGAACCCAACUUUUGUCGACCCGAGCCCUAAGAUCGACUUCGAAAAAUGGAAACUUCGGGCCUCUCGUGUAGCAACGCCCUGGCCUCACGUACCGAUCAAACGGGCGAGUGUAAACUCUUUUGGUUAUGGUGGCUCGAAUGCCCAUGCCGUCGUUGAUGAGGCUAAGGGCCUGGGCUUGUAUCACACGUCCUCGUACACCGCGGAUGAAGACGAGUAUGAUUUCCAAGAGACUGUAGAAAGACCCCGGCUUCUGGUGCUAUCCGCGAAUAGCGAAAAAUCAUUGCAGUCACAGCUUUCGGAGCUGGAUAAGCAUUUAUCUGAUCCUGCAGUCGGCAUCAAACUAAAUGACCUUGCUUAUACUCUGAGUGAGCGAAAAUCUCGCCAUUACCAUCGCGGUUUCACGAUUGCAACAAGCACUGAGUUGGACAUGCAAAGCUUCCAACGCGGCCACGUUCGUCCAGAGCUGCCAAAUAUCGGCUUCGUAUUCACGGGUCAAGGUGCACAGUGGCCUGAGAUGGGAAAGGCUCUCGUCGACAACUUUCCUCUAGCAGCGCGCACCAUCAAACAUCUAGACGAAGUACUUCAGAACUCUUAUGCAGCCCCUUCUUGGAGUCUUCUCGAUGAAAUUAUUCGUCCGAGAAGUGUGGAGCACAUGCGCCUACCCGAACUUUCGCAACCGCUUGUGACAGCUCUCCAGAUCGCCAUUCUAGCGUUGUUCGAUGCUGCUGGGGUAGACUACAAUGCUGUUGUAGGCCAUUCCUCAGGGGAAAUUGCUGCUGCUGUAGCUGCAGCCCUUAUAACCCCAGAGCAAGCGAUACAAAUUGCAUACUACCGAGGCCAAGCCACUGCAGAAGCAAAGUACGACACCCCAGUCGGUAUGUUGGCGACCGGUCUUGGUCCAGACACCGUCGACCCAUAUUUGGACGGCAGCGCUGUCACAAUUGCCUGUAUCAACAGCGACAAGAGCGUGACUCUCUCAGGCACAAAAUCAGAGCUCGCUGAAGUUGAGAAGAAGUUGAAAGACGACGGUCACUUCGCUCGAGCACUUCUUGUCGAUGCAGCUUAUCAUUCAUCGCACAUGAAGCCAGUCGCUGGAUUGUACCGAGACCUGCUUGAAAAGCAUGUCGACUGGUGUGCAACACCCAAGGUGCAAAGCCGGCGGAUCAAGAUGUUCUCUUCCACCAUAGGCAAGACCUUAACAGCAACGCCUGGGCCGGACUACUGGGUUAAGAAUAUGGUGUCGCCCGUGUUGUUUGGACCGGCGUGCCGUAAAAUGAUAACAUGCGAGGAAGACCGCGUCGACUUCCUGGUCGAGAUCGGACCGAGCGAUGCUCUGAAAGGCCCCGUCGGUCAAGUGAAGAAGGCUGCAUCCUCAGACGUAACAUACGUCAAUGCGUGGAAGCGUGGGCCUGAUGCACUCCAUACGUUGCUGGAGUGUGCCGGAAAACUCUUCAUCGCUGGUUGUUCCAUUAAGUUGUCGCCUUUCAACGACGAUGAGACGGAGGUCCCAGUCUUCAUCUCUGACCUGCCGAAUUAUGCUUGGGAUCACUCGACGAAGUAUUGGCAUGAGACCGAAUCUAGCAAAGACUGGCGCUUCCGUAAGUUUGUCCAUCACGACUUGCUUGGAUCAAAGAUGCUGGGCGUCCCAUGGACCAGCCCGACAUGGAAGAACGGGCUCCGACUCAGCGAUGUACCCUGGCUUCGGGAUCACACGCUCGGCGAGCAAGUCAUCUUCCCAGCAGCAGCGUAUAUGGCCAUGGCGAUAGAGGCUAUCUUCCAGAAAAGUAAAGCAACAGGCCGUUUGGCAGAGAAUAUCGGUGUCAACGAUGUGACAUACAAGCUUCGCAAUGUCUCCUUUCCGCGCAUGCUUGUACUCAGCGAUUCAGCGCCGACGAUGAUCCAGCUCUCUCUCACGCCAUGUUCCAGUACCAAGGAGUCGUGGCACGAGUUCACAAUUACCAGUAUCUCUAGGGAAGGCGAGGACAUUCAGGACGAGCACUCCACUGGACUUAUUAGCAUUGGCGAUGCUGUGAGCAAAAUUGCCACAGAAGCUGAUGUUGGUCCAUUAAAGCAUGCCGUCCCAGGUUCAGUAUGGUACAAAUCGAUGCGCGAGGUCGGAUACAUGUUUGGUGAUGCCUUUCAGCCGUGCCAGGAAAUCGAGGCGCAAGCCGAUGCUCGUCACUGCCGCGCCGUCAUCAAGCUGGGACUUCCCGAGUCCAAACAUCAGCAGAGCAACUAUGCAAUGCAUCCUGCGGCCAUGGAUGGGUGCUUGCAAAUUGCAACUGUGGCGCUGAACCGUGGGCACCGAUCAGCGCUCGACACGCUCAUGCCACCGAGGUUGAUCGACGAGUUCAUCAUCUUCCCACAGCCUCUGCGCAAACUCCAAUCGGCGGGCGACGUUUCCCGUGGCAUUGUCGCCUCCGAGGCCAAAUAUGGUGGUGUUGGACGACCAGACGACAACAAACGCUUCGUGAGCGACAUCCGAACUUUUUCGGAGGGAGAUCACCAGAUGCUCUGCCACUUACAAGGACUGCGAUACCAUGCCAUCAAUGCCAGUGUCGAUAAACCGCACGCAUUCACGCAGGUGGUGUGGUCUGAAGAUGUCGCGUUCCUGUCGCCCGAGCAGAUGUCUGGUGUUCUGCAGGGCGUUGCGUCGGACGAAGGAGAAGACACGCCCGCCUUAGCGCGCGUCGCUAAAGUGGCGGCAAUCAUCGCGCACAAGCGUCCCACGGCGAAGAUCCUGGAGCUCGCCAUCGACGACGACAGAAGUGAAAGCAUAUGGAUCGACCAGCUGCGCGCCAAAGCCGGGCCUAUUGCAAGGGGUUGUGCAUAUCGGCUUUCCUUGCCGUCCCAGAAAUCAGGCCUCAACGCACGUGAGAAGUAUGCAAGCGAAGCCAACAUUGAGCAUGUCGUGCACGACGCAAACGCGAUCUUCGCUGGGGGAGACAAAUUUGAUUUGGUCAUCCUAAAGAUUUCCGAAGUGACCUCCCAUCUUCAAGAUGUUUUGAAAAGCGCUCGCGGCGCGCUUACGGACAAUGGCUAUAUCGCGGUACUGCACAGCGCAGAGUGGUCUUCACAACGUGUGGAAUCACUUGAAAUUGACGGGCAAUUGGUUGCGUCCACUUCAGAGUCUUCAAAUGGUUUGUCCCGUGUCUCUGGCAUUGCGGCGCGAUCGCUGAGCUUGAUCUAUCUUGCAAGUCAGCGACCAGAACCAGCCGAAUCCCUCCUCCCCAACAACAUCUGCCUUGCGCAUUUCGGCAAGCCUACUGGCGCAACUGAUACGAUCCGGGACCUUCUCAAAACACGUGGAUGGAGUGUUGUUGAACACAUACUACCAUUCAACGACAUUCCAGAAAAGAGCACGGUCGUUGUCCUAGACGAGAUGUUUGCUCCUCUUCUGACAGACCUCAGAGACGAACAGUUCGAAGCACUUCGGACCAUCAUCGAGCGAGAAUGCCGCAUCCUCUGGGUUACUGCAGGUUCGCAGAUGUCUGUCACACAUCCAGAGCGUGGCCUCAUGUUCGGUGCCUCGAGAUCUCUUGUCCUGGAGUAUCCCAACAACAUCCUCAUGUGCCUAGACGUGGAGUCCGCCAUGAGCAAGACCAGCUUGGAGACCAUAAACACCGUGUUGAAGCACCUUGGUACCGUCAAAGUCCUCGGCAGAAUCGACAACGAGUUUGUGGAACGCAACGGCCUACUGCAUGUCAGUCGGGUGAUUGGCGACGAAGCCAUCAACGUGGCGGAGAAGCAGAGCCAAGAUGGCCCAUCGCUUCAAGAUAUGACUAUACAUGGUCAUGAGUCGACUAUUCGUCUCACCAGUGAGCGUCCUGGUACGCUCGAUACUCUGGUGUACACCCAGGUUGAGGUCCCACCUUUGGAGGACGACGAAGUUGAGAUUGAAGUCGUGGCAGCUGGCAUGAACUUCAAAGAUCUGGCCAACGCCAUGGGUUUUGUGCCCUGCAACGAGAAAUUGAUCGGGCUCGAAUGUACGGGCAUAGUCACCGAUGUCGGCAAAGAUGUGGAAACAGUCAAGCCUGGCGACAGAGUCCUUCUGGUCCGACGAGACGGCGGCUGCUUCGGUAAUCGCGUCCGUAAUCGCUGGCACGCGGUGUACAAGCUACCGGGACACAUAUCCUUUGUCGACGGAACGACGUUCGGAAUCGCUGUGCAUACCGCUGUCUAUGGUCUGAUCACGCUUGCCAAUGUCCAAAAAGGGCAGUCCGUCCUGAUCCACUCUGCAUCUGGCGGCGUCGGUCUUGCUGCACUCGACUUGUGCAAGUACCUUGGAGCCGAGGUGUAUUGUACCGUCGGCACAGAAGCCAAGAUCAACUUCAUCGUUGAAAACUAUGGUGUUCGCAGAGAUCGCGUCUUCUCUUCCCGUUCGACGACAUUCGCUGCGCAGCUCCUGCGCGCAACCGGCGGACGCGGCGUAGAUGUCUGUCUCAAUUCCCUGACCGGCGACAUGCUGCAUGAAUCUUGGCGCUGCAUCGCUGAAAAUGGUACCAUGAUCGAGAUUGGCAAGAAGGACUUGAUCGAUCGCAAUAGUCUCUCGAUGGAACCUUUCGAUCGCAAUUGCUCAUAUCGCGCGCUGGAUUUGUCGCGUCCCAGCAUUACGGACGAGGUCACUCGCAAGGUUGGCGAGCAAAUCAUGGAUCUGGUCGAGCAGGGUCUUAUCCGACCUCUUCAUGUGUGCAAAGUCUUUGCUUUCGAAGAGACCAUUGAAGCGUUCCGAUACAUGCAACGUGGCAAACACAUCGGCAAAGUCGUCAUCUCCUACGAGAACAGCAGGGCCGUCAAGGUUCCUGUCCGACCCAUGACGCCCCAGUUCAAGCUUCGACCAGACCGUUCGUACUUCAUAGUAGGCGGUUUCAAGGGUCUCAACAGCUCUCUUGCAGUCUAUCUCGCUCGCAACGGCGCAACCAAUAUCGUCACAAUCUCUCGCAGUGGUUACGACGAUGAACGGUCUCAGAAGACGAUUUAUGACUGCAACACGCUGGGCUGCCACGUCGAUCUCGUGACCGGAGACAUUACCAAUCUGUCCGACGUCCGCCGCGCCUAUUCUGCCGCCUCUAAGCCCGUCGCCGGCGUGAUCCAGGGCGCGAUGCUGAUCCGCGACCGUAUGUUCACUAAAAUGACACCAGAAGAGUUCCGUCUCCCUGGCCAACCCAAAGUUGCCGGGACUUGGAACCUGCACGUGGCAGGCCAGGAACAUUCUGAAGCCAAUGGUUUUUCCUUCGACUUCUUCACCAUGUUAUCUUCCGUGAGCGGUCUGCUUGGUCAUAUGGGUCAAUCCAACUAUGCCGCUGCAAACGCAUUCCUUGAUGCAUUCGCUUCAUGGCGCAUCCAACAAGGCCUGCCAGCGUGCUCCGUAGACUUAGGUCCUGUCGAUGAAGUCGGAUAUCUCAAGGACAAAGACAAUGCGAAUCGGCGCCUGGAAGCCAUGGGCUGGCAUCUCAUCAACGAGUCUUUAUUGUACCGUAUACUGCGAGCCAGUAUCAUGCAGCAGACCCACAGCAUCAACAAGAGUAGCUGGGGCAUUCUUUGCACGGGAAUCAUGCCUGGCGCUCCAUUCUUCGAGCCGCUACACCGUUUCAGCUCGCUUCGUGCCCCUGCAGGCAGUGCUGCUGCAUCUGGUGCUGCGGGGUCCGGUGGAUCUGGUACUGCGGCCACGAAGCUUGCACUGCUCAAGAAUGCGGCUAAAGACGGCGUGGAGAAAUCUACGCUGUUGGCAGCGUCGAUCGAGGUCAUGAAUGCGGUCCUCAUGCGUAGUCUGGGCAUGAAAGAGUCGCUGGAAAUUUCGAGGCCGCUAGGCGAUUACGGAGUUGAUAGUCUGGUUGCGGUGGAGAUGAGGAAUUGGACGAGGUCGGAAUUGGGUGUCGAAAUGAGUGUGCUUGAGAUUGUAGGAGCGCGAACAUUGACAAGUCUUUGCGAGGUUGUACUGAAGAAGUUGACAGGAUAG